UGGGCAUGAGUGUAGAGGACAGGGGUAUGCCAGGCCUGGGCCGUCCCAGACAGGCCCGCUGGACCCUGAUGCUGCUCCUGUCCACUGCUACGUAUGGUGCCCACGCCCCAUUGCUGGCACUGUGCCAUGUGGAUGGCCGCGUGCCCUUCCAGCCCUCCUCAGCCGUGCUGCUGACUGAGCUGACCAAGCUGCUGUUGUGCGCCUUCUCCCUCCUGGCGGGCUGGCAAGCAUGGCCCCAGGGGGCUCCGCUCUGGCGCCAGGCUGCCCCCUUCGCCCUUUCAGCCCUGCUCUAUGGCGCUAACAACAACCUGGUGAUCUAUCUUCAACGUUACACGGACCCCAGUACCUACCAGGUGCUGAGCCAUCUCAAGAUUGGAAGCACGGCCCUGUUCUACUGCCUCUGCCUCCAGCACCGCCUCUCUGCACGCCAGGGCCUGGCACUCAUGCUGCUCACGGCAGCAGGGGCCUGCUGUGCAGCUGGCGGCCUCCAGGACCCUGGGCACACCCUUUCGGGGCCCCCUCCAGCAGCUGCCGCUGGCCGCACGUCCCUGCGUGUCACUCGCCGGGGGCUGCUGCUGCUCAUCCUGUACUGCCUCAUCUCAGGCCUGUCGUCCGUGCACACAGAGCUGCUCAUGAAGCGGCAGCGGCUGCCUCUGGCGCCGCAGAACCUCUUCCUCUACACGUUCGGUGUGCUCCUGAACCUAGGCCUGCAUGCUGGCGGCGGCCCUGGCCCAGGCCUCCCGGAGGGCUUCUCGGGGUGGGCCGCACUCGUGGUGCUGAGCCAGGCCCUGAACGGGCUGCUUGUGGCCGCUGUCCUGAAGCACGGCGGCAGCAUCACCCGCCUCUUCGUCGUGUCCUGCUCGCUCGUGGUGAGCGCUGCGCUCUCGGCAGCUCUGCUGCAGCUGCAGCUCACAGCCACCUUCUUCCUGGCCGCGCUGCUCAUCGGCCUGGCUGUGCGCCUGUACUAUGGCAGCCGCUAGCCCCCAACCACCUCCACCCUGACGCCUGAGCCUGUAGGCUGGGCGCCCCCAUCAGAGCUGCUUUCCAGCCCCAGCCUACCUCCGCCCCCAAAAGUCCUGUAAAAAGUGCCUUGUGAGAAAAGCUGGGAAGGGAGAGCAGCCAGGUUAGUCUCUAGAGGUGUGUGGAUGAGAGGCAACCCCUGGAAGACGCGGAGACUGGGUUUGGUUAAGGAGACCUUUACCUGCCCCUCCCUCAGCCAAGCUCUCCCAGACUAAGGAAUUGGGAGAGCAUCAGUACCUGUGCCUGAGAAAUGACCCCACGCCUGAUGGAGGAGGCUCCCUGCCUCAUUCGGAUGAAUGCAUUUGCUUAAGUGGGGUGAGGGCACCAGUUGGCUUUCCUUGCUUCCUGUGGUCACACCAGCAGACCGCUGCACCCAGGCCUGGGGCUGGCUGCGGUGCCUGACUCCUCCCCAAGGGAUAUUCACCCCCCACUAUCAUGCAGGAAGGCCCGGUUGUCACAGAUUACACACCUCUCGCCCAGCCACUCUGCCAGGCUACCCCAGCUCCCGCAGGACUCGGAACACGGGGCCCCUGCACUCUCCACCGUACGACUCUGCAGCCUUUGUUCGGGAAACCUCAGAGAGGGCUGGGGCUUGACUCGUCUCAGGGAAUGUUUUCCUUGGGCCCUGACUCAGGCCUACACUCAACCUCUCUGCUCACCCAAAGGGCUCUCUUGAAGCCCGCUGCUCCUCUGUGCCCCUAGGAGAUAGCAUCCAUCCCACUCUGGGUCCUGCCCCUGCGUGGGAGUGUCCCAGCCCCCAAAAGCUAGGGAAGCUCUACACAGUGACCAGGGACUAGGCACAGGGAACCUUGUACAGCUCAAUGAGUGACUCUUAACUGCGUAAGCAAUAAGGUCUUAAUAAAUUGUUCUGGGGUGUAGGUAGUUCCUACAAUCACC